GACGACAUCACCACGCUCCACCAACUUGGGCAGAUCCGCGAGAUGAGUUCAGCGGGAAGGCUUGAGCUGAGCGAGCGGGACGACGCGGGACAUCUCACGGUGACGUUCAUCGAAACGGCUGCUGGGAAAGGGGGAAGCAGGGUCGAUGCUGUGCGGCCCAGAGAAAGCAAAACCUAUGCACAGCAGCUGCUCGAAGUUUUUCUGCCUGCAGGAUAUCCGCACACUGUGACGGAAGACUACAUACAGUACCAGAUCUACGAUUCGCUCCAAGCGUUCUCUUCAUCAAUUGCAGGACUCCUCUCCUCGCGUGCUGUCCUUGAAGGUGUAGGCGUUGGUGACGCCGACGCUUCGCCAACGGCCGCACUGCUGCUCUCAGUACUGCAAGAGUCCAUGGGGCGGAUUGCUACCAUUCUCUUCGCGCACAGGCUGGGUACGUCGCUGGAGCCGGAAUGCAAAAUGUACAGGCUCGCAGCAGAUGUCUUCAAUGACACGGCUAUGAUCCUGGACUGCUUGUCGCCGGCGUUCCCUAAGGCAACGCGUGUCCUGAUACUGUCCUUCUCGAGCGUUCUCCGGUCGCUAUGCGGUGUAUGCGCAGGAUCGUCAAAGGCAAGCUUAUCGGCCCAUUUCGCAAAACGUGGAAAUCUAGGCGAACUUAAUGCUAAGGACUCUAGUCAGGAAACCGUAAUCUCGCUCCUGGGCAUGUUGGCUGGGAGCAUUGUAGUAUCCUGGAUAAAGACACCGAUGGCGACCUGGAGUACGCUCAUUGCUCUGCUGUCGAUACACUUGGCGACGAACUACGCUGCGGUGAAAUCCGUCAGCAUGCGCAGCUUGAACAGGCAGAGGGCUAACAUAGUGCUGAGUAGCCUCCUGCGUGACGGUCGAAUCCUGUCACCAGCCGAAGUCUCCGCUAGGGAGCGGAUCUUUGAGCGCGACGGAGCACUGCGUUGGAUUGAUGGUAGCGUACUUGGUCACUGCAGGAUUGGAGCACCAUUGGAAAACAUGCUCCACUUCAUGGGGCACCGCCGCCACAAACGGUCAGGCGCGGUAGACUUGCAGGAUCUCACCUUGGCCGACUUGGUUCGGGUCUAUCAAGAUGAGGCAUAUUUGCUCUGGUCUUGCGGGUCUGCAGCUGUAAUCGUUCUGAAGCAAGACUGUUCCCCGCUCGACCAGCUCAAGGCGUGGACGCAGGCGCUCUUACUGGCUCGCAAGGGAACCAUGAGGGAUGAGCCUAAAGCCGCUGAGCAUGACACAUCAGGCGGACGACUGGCUGAGCUCAGAUUCGCCUUGGAGGAAGUGAAGGAGUUGUUUGACGCGUACGAAACAAAGCUACGAGAUGCGGGAUGGGAUCUGGAUGUCGCUGUUCUAGAAUCACGGCCCGGCGUGCGGGUACAGAUUAAGACAGAGUGGGCAGCGUGAGACCAUUGUUAACGGAGUUUCUACCUGCAACAGAAUCGCGAGGUACGCAAUAUCACUUGGGCAGGUGGGCAGGGAACACCCUUAACUAUCGGAGGUUAGGCGACCUGAGGCUGGUGACAUGUAGAGAUCGGGUGGUUGCAGGCGGCUCGGAUGGAUUGAUCGACGACAGCAUGUGUAUCCCACGCUCCCCAUGUUUCGCGGCGCUUGUCGUGUAGGCGGGCUGUUUGAACCCAAAGACAAGUCGAGCCCCCCACCCACAUGUCACACGGUUAGAGAGAUGCGGUCCACCUGUCACGUUUCACUCUGGCUAAGUAGCGCGGAUGCCUGGGUCCGAACGACACAAGGUGGAGGCUGUUCGGAGCCGUGGCCUCAGAGUCCGGUCGGCAGCAACACCGUGUUGGGAGCACAUCGGACGAUGAGCAUCCUGCUCCCAGAUGUUCGGG